GAGCGCCGGUUUCUCUGGAAGAGACGCACAGUAGCCCCGGUCUUGGGGUUCAGGGGGAGCAUUCUGCACACGAGAUCCAGCGCAUUUAGGACAAGGAUGCUCAGUGUGUAGGAGCUGCGGGGGUCACUCUACACCGAGUGGGUUUUGGGGAUCAGAGUUUAGUAAGGGGGUUCACCAGCUACUAGAAGUUUAUGGGUGCAGCGAUGUGCUCAGGGUCACACAAUAGUAUUAAGGGGUAACCGUUCGGUGUUGGGGCUACAGAGUACACAAGGAGUGAGUUGGCGCUAAUUGCGGGGGUACAGAAAAGGGAACCGCGCACUGGGCAGAAUUAUUAGCUCAAACACAUCAGAGAAAGUUUGCGUGGUGCGCUACUGCGCCAGGAGCUGAUGAGUGUAGGUAUAUGGGGAUAUUGCCUGUGCCCCCGGUUUAUACAUCGCCUGUGAGCUGAGCAGAACACAAUGUACGACUUGCCGGAGGGGGCAGGGGCGCUAGCUGGGUAGGGCACAUCGGGCUCAUAUACAGAUGCACACACUCCGGCAGCGCUGACUCCUUGGCAUCUCCGCUCUCUCCCUUUGCUACGAGGGUAAAGGACUUUGGGGCACUGCCCCCCAAUUCUGUUCUGUGAGCGGCAGCCAGUGGGAUGGACACAGCGGGGUGUCCCUGAUCUGACCUCCAGCUCCUCACGGAUCCAUUUGUGCCUCCAACUCGGUCCGACUUCAACUGCAGCCACAAUUGCCCUCUGCCCGACUCCAGGACAAUGCUUUCUACAUGAGACACUGUCCCAGUGUUCAGAGAGAUGGCAAUAGAAAAAAGCACCCAGAAAAAUCCACCGAUACAUGGACUCCCACCCAUCUAUUCGUUAAGCUGUAGCCAUGUGUGCUGCACUUCUUAGUAGGAGCACCCAGCAUCAGCUGAGCUUUGCGCCCCAACCUGACAUUGGGCUCCACAUCCCUGUAUUAUUUCCAUCCUUGUGAACUCUCACAACUCACUGGAGAAGUAUGAAUCUAAUCACUGGCUGCCUGACGCUCCUGCUCCUCUGCCUUAUUCACCACCAUUCUGCCUAUGGGCCAGACAAGAGAGCUCAGAAGAAGGGAGACAUUAUACUGGGUGGGCUUUUCCCCAUACAUUUCGGGGUGGCUUCCAAGGACGAGGAUCUGGAAUCAAGGCCUGAAUCACUUGAGUGUGUCCGAUACAAUUUCCGUGGAUUUCGCUGGUUGAAGGCAAUGAUCUUUGCUAUAGAGGAAAUUAACAGCUCCCCUACACUCCUCCCCAACAUCACUCUGGGCUACAGAAUCUUUGACACGUGCAACACAGUAUCCAAGGCUCUAGAGGCCACCCUCAGCUUUGUAGCUCAGAAUAAAAUUGACUCCCUAAAUCUGGAUGAGUUCUGUAAUUGUUCAGAGCAUAUGCCCUCCACAAUUGCCGUGGUAGGAGCCACAGGAUCCGGCGUUUCCACUGCAGUGGCAAAUCUGCUUGGACUCUUUCACAUUCCUCAGGUUAGUUACGCCUCAUCAAGCCGACUCCUAAGCAACAAGAACCAGUACAAAUCCUUCCUGCGCACUAUGCCUAAUGAUGAGCAUCAAGCCACCGGCAUGGCGGAUAUCAUUGAAUACUUCCAGUGGAAUUGGGUGGGUACCAUUGCAGCAGAUGACGAUUAUGGGCGCCCAGGGAUUGAGAAGUUCCGUGAGGAAGCAGAGGAGAGGGAAAUCUGCUUUGAUUUCACUGAACUCAUCUCUCAGUACAUGGAGGAAGAGGAAAUAGACAGGGUGGCAACAGUUAUCCAAAACUCAACAGCCAAAGUCAUUGUUGUCUUCUCCAGCGGGCCUGACCUGGAGCCUCUGAUCAAGGAGAUUGUCAAACGUAAUAUUACUGGCCGCAUCUGGUUGGCUAGUGAGGCCUGGGCCAGCUCAUCUCUCAUUGCCCAUCCCAAUUUCUUUGAUGUGAUGGGGGGAACCAUUGGGUUUGCCUUGAGAGCAGGGCAGAUUCCUGGUUUUCGUGAAUUUCUUCAGAAAGUGAAUCUCAAAAUGUCCAAUGUCAAUGGCUUCCUGAAGGAAUUCUGGGAAGAGACUUUUAAUUGUCAUCUUCCUUCCAAAAGUCUUUCUUCUCCUUCUUUAAUGGGGGCCCCUGAGGACCCCAACAGAUGGGGGAACAGCUCAUCUUUCCGCCUCCCCUGUAGUGGCAAGGAAAACAUCUCGAGUGUAGAGACCCCAUAUCUGGAUUUCACCCAUUUACGGAUAUCCUACAAUGUGUAUCUUGCGGUUUAUUCCAUCGCUUAUGCUCUGCAAGAUAUAUACUCCUGCACCCCUGGGAAAGGGCUGUUUGCCAACAAUUCCUGUGCCGACAUAAAGAAAGUGGAAGCCUGGCAGUUGCUGAAACACUUGCGGCAUCUCAAUUUCACCAACAAUAUGGGGGAGCAGGUGGACUUCAAUGACUCAGGGGACCUGGUGGGAAACUACUCCAUCAUCAACUGGCACCUGUCCAAGGAGGACAACUCCAUUGUGUUCGAGGAGGUGGGGUACUACAACGUCUAUGCCAAGGUGGGCGAGCGGCUCUUCAUCAACGAAAGCAAAAUCCUGUGGAGAGGCUUCUCCCGAGUGGUCCCAAUUUCCAACUGCAGUCAAAUCUGCCAGGAAGGCACCCGGAAAGGCAUCAUUGAAGGGAAACCCACCUGCUGCUUUGAAUGUGUUGACUGCCCCGACGGGGAAUACAGUGAUGAGACAGAUGCCAGUGCCUGUGAGAAAUGUGCCAAGGAUUACUGGUCCAAUGAAAACCACACUUCCUGCAUUGCCAAGCAGAUCGAAUUCUUGUCUUGGACGGAGCCCUUUGGAAUCGCCCUGACUAUGUUUGCCAUUUUAGGUAUAUGUCUCACUUCAUUUGUUCUCGGUGUUUUCAUCAAAUUCCGCAACACACCCAUUGUCAAGGCCACAAACCGGGAACUCUCCUACCUCCUACUGUUCUCCUUGAUCUGCUGCUUUUCCAGUUCCUUGUUUUUCAUUGGAGAGCCACAGGACUGGACAUGUAGGUUGAGGCAACCAGCUUUUGGCAUCAGUUUUGUCCUUUGUAUCUCUUGCAUACUAGUGAAGACCAACCGUAUUCUGCUUGUGUUUGAAGCAAAAAUCCCUACAAGCUUUCAGAGAAAGUGGUGGGGCCUCAAUCUACAGUUCCUUCUGGUGUUCCUUUGCACAUUUGUGCAAAUUGUGACCUGCAUAAUCUGGCUGUACACGGCACCUCCAUGGAGUUACAGAAAUCAGGAUUUGGAAGAUGAGAUCAUUUUCAUUACAUGUAACGAAGGUUCAUUGAUGGCUCUUGGGUUCCUCAUUGGCUACACGUGCCUUCUGGCUGCCAUUUGCUUCUUCUUUGCUUUUAAGGCCAGGAAACUACCAGAGAAUUUCAAUGAAGCCAAGUUUAUCACCUUCAGCAUGCUAAUAUUCUUCAUUGUUUGGAUAUCUUUCAUCCCAGCCUAUGCUAGCACCUAUGGCAAGUUUGUGUCCGCAGUUGAGGUCAUUGCUAUCUUGGCUUCAAGCUUUGGGCUUUUAACUUGUAUUUUCUUUAACAAAAUCUAUAUUAUCCUCUUCAAACCAUCAAGGAACACAAUUGAAGAAGUCCGUUGUAGCACUGUAGCUCACGCAUUUAAGGUAGCGGCCAGAGCAACCCUGAGACGCAGCAACGUUUCACACAAGAGGUCCAACAGCUUAGGGGGAUCUACUGGUUCCUCGCCAUCAUCUUCAAUCAGCAGCAAAAGCAACCACACCGAGCAUUUUUCCGUAGGAGACAAGAAUCGAGCGUGCAAGCAGAAAGUCAGCUUUGGCAGUGGAACAGUCACUCUGUCGCUGAGCUUUGAUGAAACCCAAAAGAAUGCCGUAUCCAACAGAACAACCAAAGCCAAGAACUCGCUGGAAGGCAAGAACAGUGAUGAUAGCCUGAUGAGGCACAGAGCCUUACUCCCACUCCAGAACAGCGACGCUGGAAGUGAAUCUAGUUUCAGAACAGCCUCAAACAUCGAUGAGGCUGAAUCCCAAGAAUCUGUCACCAACAUCAAACCUGAGAAUCAAAGCACAGAUUUAACCCAAACUCAGAUGGGGAACUCCAAGAAUGUCAGCGAUGGAGCCAUUACAGAGAAUAUGAUGAACUCUUAAUACAUGCACUUACAUGAACUUAUUGGUCAGUAGAUGAAUGGGAUACCUAGUAGGAGAUAUGAACUCAUAUCAUUUAAAUAUUUCUGUGCCCUGUAGCAAGAACUUUGGACCUUGGCUCUACAGUGAGUCAAAGAUAGCCACUUCAAGACGUGUUUAAGCAAACCUCCUACAUUGGGCACCACAAAACUCGAAAAUGUCUCGCUUACUGCUUAAAUAUUAACAAUGGGGGAGAUAGGGUCCAGAUGUUGUGUCAUUCCGAAGCCACCAAGCCUCCCAACACUAUGAUCCACAAUGAUACGGAACCUUUAUACAGAGCAUUUUGUCGGCAUACAUCAUAACACUAUAUUCUUUAUGUUAGCGCAUUAUCCAUAAUGAUUGUAUAUACUGUAGUGUAAUAAUAUUCCAUUAUCAUGAUCCAUAGCAAGGCUGGCGGAAUUCUUGUGGUGUGGUCCAGUGUUUGUAUGUGUAAAGGGGUAAGGAAAUAUAUUAGGGGAAUAUACUGUUAUAAUGUUACUUACAUUAAUAAAUAUUUGCUGGGAA